CUCCAGGCGGCGGGAGAAGCUCCUUUCCCCGCCAUGGCUGCUCUGCCGCUGCUGUUGAUGGUCCCGGCCUUGGGCAGUUUCCUUUUCACCUUCGGCACCGCGGUGGAGCUGAUCCGCUUCAUUUCCCUCCGGGCUCUAUUCUUGCAGCUGCCAACGGGGGCUGGGCCCCCCCAACACAGCACCGAUGCUGCCACUAGACCUCAGUGGGGGGUUGCCCUUAGGGACCCCAAGAUUCUGUACCCUCUAAUAGUGGACAUGGGCUUGAUAGUCGUCUUCAUCCUGCAGCACAGCCUGAUGGCCACUGACCGGGUCAAACGCUGGGCCAGCAGCUGCUUUGGAGUCCUGCAGAGAUCUUUCUAUGUCUUUUGCACAGCCCUGGCCCUCCAGUUGUUGAUGAGAUACUGGCAACCAGUACGAGAUGGUCCCAUGCUCUGGAAUGCGAGUACUGAGCCAUGGAUCACUUGGGUCCCGCUCAUCUGUUUCAUCCUCCACUUCAUUGCCUGGCUGGUCAUUUUUAGCAUCAUUCUCAUCUUUGACUAUGCAGAGCUGAUGGGAGUCAAACAGGUUUAUUACUACUGCCUGGGCAUGGGGGACCCUUUGGCCGUGAAGUCCUCACGUGCUGUCCGCCUCUACUCCCACCUUCGCCACCCUGUCUAUCUGGAGUUUCUCCUCAUCCUCUGGGUCGUGCCCUGCCUCUCCCUUGACCGCCUCCUGGUCGCCUUACUCUUCACGGCCUACAUUACCUGCGCCCACAGCCUUGACCAGCAGGACUACCUCUACCUCCGAGCACAGCUUGACAAGAAAUUCCAGGUCUUCUCCCGCGAAGAGGCAGCCUAUGGUGACCUCCUGGCUCAAAAUGGCCCCUUGGCCCACAAGGAUAACUGAGCGGAGUGGGGGGAGAUGGUCCCAAUUUUUGUGGGGUUCAGGCUUAUGGGGCCUAGCAGCUGGGUACCUUACUUGCUAAGCACUGAAUGAUGCAAUGUGUCUUAUCUCCUUUUGCUUUUAUGCACUCAGGUUUUUGUGGCCUACAAAAAGAACCCAGGAGUUCCGGCUUCCAGCAUGCCCACUUUGUUAUGACUCACUCAAACAUGUACACAGAGUUCUAGCUUGUAUUAGCUUAGGAUCCUGAACGGGGGAGGCCUGGAUUCGAUCCCAAGUGCUUCAGAGGAAAUGGAUCAUAGAGGCAGCCUUCCCUGACCUAGUGUCCUCCAGAUGUCUUGGAUUACAACUCCCAUUAUCCCCAUCCAGAAGGGACAUGUUGGGAGUUGUAAUCCAAGACAUCUAGAGGGCACCAGAUUAGGGAAGGCUUUUAUAGAGGGUUAAAAGCAGAGGUGGACAAUUUGUGGCACUUCAAUGUUUUGGCCUACAACUCCCAUCCUCCCUCACUAUUGGCUAGGGUUGAUGGGAGCUGUAGGCUAAAACAUCCAGAGGGCCACAGCUACCUGGUUAAGAUGGUGCACUGCGUCCACAAAAGAUUUGUCAGCUGCUCUAGGAAGAACAGUGAGAGAUAAUUGAUGGAAUCCAAAUGGGUUGUCCUUUCUUUCCGGCCAGCUCUUUGUUAUGUUUGACAGCCGCAUAGCAGGUGUGUGUAGUUCAACAUACAUGUAAAAUGUUCUUCUUCUCUGAAAUAGCUGCACGUGUUGGAACUCUGCAAUUAUUAAAAGUGAAACUACC